UGCAACAUGGCCGUGUUCAAGGGCAACAAACACGCCGGUGACGAUAACUGCUUCCUGUUCCACUGUCAGACGGAGCAGGACUGUCCGUUAAUGAAAGCUCCCGAAGGCAUCAACACCUACGACAUCUACAAAGGACUGAUUCAUCCAACCACUGUGAGGCCUGUUACCACGACGACGACGACGACCACCACCACCACAGAACAAACCACCACCACAGAACAAACCACCACCACAGAGCAAACCACCACCACAGAACAAACCACCACCACACCGGCCCCGACUACAACGACGACGACCACAGAACCGACCACCACUACGACCACCACAGAGAGUACAACAACGCCACCAACAACAACAACCACGACCUCUGAGCCAACAACAACAACAACAACAACAACACAACAACACACCUCCACCCAUCAUCAUCAUCGCCACGAUGCCUCCGGUAACUCCAGCACCCACAACAACAACAACAACAACAACAACAACAACAACAACAACCACAACAACAACAACAACACCUUCUACCACAACCACCACCGUCACCACAGUGAAAAAGCCAAACAAAACCAGUAAAAAGCUAAAUAAAACAACCAAGAAAGUAAAACCUCAUCCUGUCAGCACCACCACAUCCGCCCCGCCGACACACAGCUCCACCGCCUCACUUCCUGUCGUAACCGCCAGCGGAGAGGCUGCACCAAGAACUACUGACAAACCACAGCCCAACACUGAAACUACCACUACUACAACGACCACAAAUCCCACUACUACUACUACUACUACUACUCUUCCACCUACUACUUCUACUACU